CUACCUCGCUCUUAGCCGCUUUCUUCUCCACACUCAGCUCCCUCGAUCCACUACCCCGCCAUGUGCAAUCUCAUCACUGAAGGCACAAAGUUCGGAUGCGGACACUAUGUCAUCACACGCAAAGUCUCCAAGAUCGACUGUGGCAAUAAACGCUGCGUUCAUAGCGCUAUGCACCGCAGACCAUGCCCAGACUGCUACUGCGAGAAGUUCAUGGGUCCUGACCGCGAAGAACGGGUGACGCUCACCAUCGGCGACAAGUACUGCGACCAUUGCUCGUACUGGUACCAGAGCAAGGGUCGUCGCCAAUAGGCGUCCUCCCACCCUUUCGGUGUCUCAGGAUUCCCGAAGCCCCGCCCGUCCUAUCGCGCUCAGCUCCAACUUUGCUUUUCGUCAUCUAUCGAAUUUCCGAAUUUCGAAUUCGAUGCGAGUUCCGUAACACUCGGGGCUCAGGGCUCGGGAUCCGGCAUUCGGAACGCGGGGCACGUUUUGUGUCAACUCAUCUCCUUUGCGACCUCUGAGUAACUGAUCGUCGCGUCAUUCUACGUGCUUGGCGACCACAUAAGCCACAACCCACCUCGGUCGUCACUCCGCUUAUGGAACGGAUCUGAACUAGGCAACCUGCGAAUCAAAGCCGAUAUUAAUGUGUACUACCAGUCUUCGACAUACGCCCGUGCCGACUCGACGUCGGUGCCUCCCGAUAUCCUCGUGCUUUCUCCUUGUCUCCCAUCAACUUUUCAAUUUUUUCUCUCCAGUCCAAUCAAUGCAGCAUUGUAUCCGCAAUAGCGUCCUUCCCCGCAUGCGCAUCUUCCCGCUCCGCCAGGCUUCGCGCUUCUUGCUCCACACACUUUUCUCUCGAUUGAGUCUCGGACUUCCCGUUUCCAUCGCAUUGUCACCUCCUGAUCGACAGACAGGUAAUCGCCGAGCGAACGGGAAGCAACCUUUGCCGAGCUCCGAUAUCCCGAACCUAACGUAAUGCACGCCGUAUUUUUAUAUUUUCUUUUCUUUCCUCUUUGAUUUCAUGUUGUACUACUAUCCAAUCAUGGCUUACUUUUCUUUUUCCGUUUCACUCGGCCAAUCUCCUUUGAUAUUUGAUUACCUACGUACGCUUGUGUCUUGCGGUGCGUGUCUUGCGCGCCGCACAUACACUGCGUCUACCUUCCAUUCCAUUUGAAUCAUUUCAUUUACCAUGCAUUCCGGCAUCCGACCCACCGAUCUUCAUAGCAUUGCAUACUCUUGUAUACUCUUGCCGUCGCAUUGCUAUUUCGACCUUGCCGGCCAAUUAUCCAAUCAUCUACCCUUGAUUUUCUUCUUCUUCCCUUUCAACCUUCUCUUCUUUGACCUACGACUGCUCCUCGUUUUCCUUGAAUACGCACGACCCAACCUACCUAUACCUGCAGAUCGACUGUAUCGAAUAAC